AUGCAGAGUUUACUUCAUGGUGUACGUGAAUAUUUGACGCCAGUACUGACUGAAUCAUCGUUUGAAAACAAGGGACUGUUAACACCUGAGGAGUUUGUCAAGGCCGGUGAUCUGCUAGUGUACAAAUGCCCUACAUGGCGAUGGGAAAGUGGCGAACCGAGUCUUCGACGCGCCUAUUUGCCAGUAGAUAAGCAGUUUCUAGUCACACGCAAUGUGCCAUGCCGCCGUCGUGUGACGUCGUUGGAGCAGAGUUACCAGACAGAAGAAGCCGUGGAAGGAGAAGAUGAGUGGGUGGCUGCUUCCUCCUAUGCAAAUGAAGACAACAGCAAUAAUACCGUCACAGAUCUUAGUGACGAGAUGGGGGACAUUUCUUUCUCGGACAGUCAAUGCAAAGAGAACGAGAGCAGAGAAGGAAUUUUAGGUGCUAUCGUGGACGAACACUUUACGGACGGACGUCUUGUAGAGUCAGAGCUGCGAGACUUGGGCUCCUACGACGAGGAGGACAAUUUAGUUGAAGACGAUGAAGCGACGCUUGGUCCUGCGGCUGGCAGCUAUCUCGUGGCCAGCGAACCGAAUGACGCAGAUGACGCUAUCCUGCGCACCCGCACGUACGACCUUUCCAUUACCUACGACAAGUAUUACCAGACGCCGCGCGUAUGGCUUUUCGGCUAUGAUGAGCGUAACGCGCCACUGAGCGGCGAUCAAAUGUUUGAGGACAUCAUGCAGGACUAUGCCAACCGCACCGUGACCAUGGAGCCCCACCCGCACCGCAGCUCGCUCGUGCACGCAUCCAUCCACCCGUGUCAACACGGUGCCGUCAUGAAGCGCAUUAUCGCCAAUCUCAAGGCACGUAAACCCGGUGAGAUUGAGACAGAAGAGCAGGUUGCCAAUGAAAUUCGCAGCGACCAGUACAUUUUCUUGUUCCUCAAGUUUAUCCAGUCAGUCAUUCCUACAAUUGAUUAUGACUACACGAUUGAGGUGAAUGCAAAGCAGUGA